CGUCAACGACGCCGCCAUAUUGGAGAGGUCAAGACUGGCCUUUUGGCAAAUCCAACGGGGGAGCUGUGUGUACUCUGGCUAAGAAACACUAUAACGUUUACAUUUCUAAACAUAUUUCAAUGAGGCGUGUAUAUAUUUAUAUUCAUUCAUGAUAUAUAUUCUUAUAAAAUAUUAUUUAUUUUAUUUUUGUAUUUAUAUUUCUGUGCUUCACAUAGAUCACAUAUCCUUGAAUAAAAACGACUCAAUGAAAUCGAUAGAGAAAUGUAAACUAAAGUGCCUUUUAUCGAUUAAAAUCCGCGGCUCGCCCGUACACACGCAUUGGUUCACGGGCCAUUCUGUGCCUCCCCAAUAUGGCGGCUGCGUUGACGUACAACGCGGAUUCUAUCUCUGUAUGUGUAUGGUGGCUGCUGACUCAAAUAACGCUACUACGCGUGAAUAACAAACGAUCACCCAGCAUGCACUUCUGCGUUACAGGAAGCGCUCAAGUCAGCUUGGCGCCAGGCGCGUCAUCCGCCGGCUUGGUCAACUUUAGCGCGUGAGCGUCCAGACUCUGGACGGGUUCAGAAAGUGUAAUUCAUGGUUCUGCCGGUUAGUUUUUAGCGUUAUCUGUCAUCGCACCAGUUAAUACCUUGUCGAUAUUAAGCUCGCUUUUUACGAAUUUGAGAAGCAGUAGUAACUGUCCCAAAGCUUUAUGAUGGAUAUAGAGACCAGGGACGCACGGGGACGUGCGUGUCAUCUCCUGUCCUUCUGCGGAAGGUUUGGUUCAUUACAAUGCAGGCGUGGUGGUGAAAGCAAUGCAUCCGAGAUAUCGUUCCGCAGCCUCAAGUUCAACACAGAGCAGAACUCUUUCCUGGCUGCGGAUGACGUGCGUGUCCUAUACAAAAAGCGUGCUGCAGAUCUGAACAUUGUAACAUGUGCGUGUGUCUACGACCUGCAGACAAGAGUCAGUAGCCCGUUUAUUUUGCUGAAGAAGGGCAAUAAAGAGGGAAGCUACACCUAUAUCCUCCUCUCCCUCAAUAGCGCUAUGAAACAGGACACAAAGAUGACGUUUAAACUGCCCUACCAGCUGAGCGAGAAGGUGCACAUCAUGCACGGCCCGGUAGUGUGGUGGACCCGUGCAGGGGUGGGCUUCUCCGCUUGUGUACAGGAGGGACGUGACGUAGGAGUGGUCAGACCGACACACGCCUGUCUGUCCCGUCCUCUGAUUGGACUGCUACCUGUUCACAAAGGGGACGUAUUCAUACUUGGGCCGAUGGCCGAUCAGUUCCAGAAGGGCUUCUCCACAACGGAAAUAUCAGGACACCAAACACCGAGCCAGGGCCAUGGCUGUCUGCUGGGGAGGGCGGAGCUGUUUGACCCCAGCGUGAUGCUACCCCGCGCCUACCUCCCCAUCACCGGGUCCCUCCUGGUGCUCCGGGCUGACGCCGAGGGCGGCGUGCCGACCGGGUCGUCGGUCGUCGCGGCGACCUCUGAGAAGCAGCUGGUCCGCUUCGAGGACGGCGUUCCCCGAGACGUCUGCCCGCUCCCCUUCGACGCCCCCGAGGACCUCCGUGUGGCCGACACCGGGAGGAACGGCCGCCUGAUCGCGGUCUCCUUCGACCAGGGCCACGUCGCCGCGGUCUGGGAGGACGCCUUCCAGGUGGCGGCCCAUUGGUCCCUGGUGCGGUCCGUCCAUGUGGAGGACUUCCUGGGCUGUGGGACGGAGCAGCUGCUGUUGGUGUUUGAGGAGGAGGAGGAGGAGGAGGAGGAGGAGGGGACGGGACGUCCGUUCGAGAGGUUUCUCCUCACAGACCUCUGUGGCAUCUCCUUAUCGAGUGGUCAGAAGAACAGGGAGGGGUCUGCGUCUCUCCCCGCAGGACACAACCACCUGCUCACCUUCCAGGCUCUGGAGUCAAGGCUCCAGAGCGGUCUGUCGGUGGUCCAGGCCCUCCGGAGCGACGAGCGGCUGAAGCAGAGGGUCCUCCUGCAGGCCCUCCAGGCCCUCUCAGACAUGGUCUCUGGGAGGGAGACGGUCCUCACGCCCCCUGAGCAGGAGGGCCUGUUCUCUCUGUGGGACGAGGAGGCUGAAGCAGAGGAGGUCUGUGAUGAGGACAUGCAGGUGGAUUCUCCGGAGGGUCAGGUGAUUUCCUCCGGACCCCGGCUGGAUAGGCUGUGGCAUCGCUUCGUUGACGACCACCUGGUGGUGGGCGCCAUGGUGACGGUGGACGGCUCUAGCCCAGUGGACUGUGUGAGUUUAUCCCUCCUGACAAACGCCGGCCACGGCUCGGCGCCCGCGGCCCUCCAGACCCGCAGCCAAGUGUUCCCACUCCCCUCCCCCUCCUCCUCCCCCCCCCCCCCCGCCUCCCCCCCCCCGGGGUCCGCGGCCAAGAGAGGCAAGGCGGACCCCGACGACGGACCCGACCGCAGCGCCCCCGGGCCGCCGCGACGGCUGGCCGUUACCGCGGUGACCCGGCUGACGUCUCUGCUGACCCGGGGCCGGGUCAAGUGCCCGGUCACGCUCCGGUACGUCCGGAGAGAGGCGACCCCCGCGGGGAGACCAGCUCUCCAGAGAGAGACCGCCCCCGGGGAGAGAUCGGUGCAGGCGGCCCUCCAGUGCGGUCAGGUGACCCUGGAUAUCCGGACGGACUUCCACGGCGGCGCGCUGACCGACCCCGCCCUCACCACGGAGGAGGGCCUGCUGAGUGCGCUGUCGGUGCUGGACCGCUGGCUCUUCCUGCUGGACUCCCCCCAUCACAGCCUGGGCGACGUGGAGGACUGGAUGCAGAGGGCCGCCUGCUGCACCAGGUCGAAGGUCAACCCUCGGUACCUGGUGACCCACCCCCAGGGAGCGGCGGCCGCCAUGUUGCUCCGCUGGAGCCCCGCCUCCCCGUUCCGGGGGGAGCUCUCGGUACACGGCAGCCGGCUGCAGGCGCUGCAGUUCCUGGAGCGUCUCUGUGGCUUCCUGCUGGCGUCCUGCAGCGUGCGGCUCCUGGGGGACCCCGAGCCCCGGGCGGGGUCCCGGGUCCUGGCCCUUGCCCUGGAGGCAGAGGCCCUCCUGCUGAGGGGGGGCGCCUCGUCCCUGCUGAGCGGUGAGGAGGAGGAGGAGAGGCCGGGGCCCCCAGACGACCCCCCUGAGGAGGAGGAGCGCGGCCGGCGCAGGCGGGAGUGGGAGGAGGAGCUGGGGCGGAGCCGGCGGCGGCUCAGCCCCCCGGUGGACGCGGCGCGGUACUGCGGCCUGACCCGGGGGCUGUGUGAGGUGCAGCGGCGGGCCGACGUGGCGGCUCUGCUGCUGGGCCGGACGGGGUCAUGUGACCCGGCACUGCGGCGGUAGAACGGCCACGCCCGGGGAGACGGCGGCACGCCCACGCCCACGGAGACUGUGGCCACGCCCACGGAGAGACUGCGACCACGCCCACGGAGACGGCGACCACGCCCACGGAGAGACGGUGGCCACGCCCAUAGAGACGGCGAACACGCCCAAACCUGAGAGCCUGUUGUUGUGGAUCAGUGGGGGUGGGUGAUACAUGCGAUCGGCUCCUCCUUCUCCUCCGAAUAAACCCUCUUUGAUACCCGAGCGGAUGUGUUGUGCUCAUGGUGAACCCUGACAGAAAUAUUGAGCCUCUGGUAACUGAGGCACAUUGGACUUCUCAGAGAACGAAAAGCAAAUGCGUGUUUUAUGUCAUUGGCUGAGGAUACGGUCAAUGUGUCCCCCCCCAGAGCCGAUGUGCCAGUGUGUGCCUAGCCUUUUAGACCUCCUCUUGGCUGGGGGUGUGUGCAGCAGAUCAACCCAGUCGCCCAUGGGGACCCCCCGGGUCCUAACGCCUCGAAACUGUGGGAUUCAAGGUCCCAAAUCUGAUAGCGGGCUCAUCGUGUGUGUGUGUGUGUGUGUGUGUGUGUGUGUGUGUGUGUGUGUGUGUGUGUGUGUGUGUGUGUGUGUGUGUGUGUGUGUGUGUGUGUGUGUGUGUGUGUGUGUGUGUGUGUGUGUGUGUGUGUGUGUGUGUGUGUGUGUGUGUGAGACACAGCUGAAUCCCUGCUGUUUGUCGCUGGUGGUGAACCUCGCUGAUGUCGAGCCGUGAGUUCCACCGUAGAGCCACAGCCCCCAACGGCCGCUCUGGGCUUCAGCUAACGGUGAAAGCUUUUAGCACCACCUCUCACUCAGGGCUCGGCCGUAACUCUGUUAAAUGUCUUAGAAACAACAAGACAACAACAACAAACUCAGAUAUUCUGCGUCCCACGCCACGGCCGUAAGUGCUGGUAUUUAAAGCUCUUUCCUUUGUGAACCCGUAGCCUUAAAACCUUGAAUACAGAAAUAAAGAGACAGGUGUAUGAGUUUG